AUGGCACACUACAUAACAACCCAUGACGCCUACGGUAACGCAAUAUUCUUCUCUCCCAAAGCAGCAGCUUCAACAGGCCCCGAUUCCCAGCAGCAGCACUCAAUGCCAAUCCCCAUAGGCGACAUCCGCAUAAUCUCCUCGAGCCAUCAAUCACCACCAACUCUCUCGAACGAAUCUGAUAUCGAGCAGUACUAUCAACGAGACCGCAUUAGUCCCUUCUUCCCUGGGGAGCGGCGCAUAUGCCCCGACAAUGGCACGGCAGCAUGUAUAAUCUCCAUGGCCCCCGGGGCUGGGGGUGGCGGGAUGCAUCGGACUAUGACAUUAGACACAGUUGUGGUUGUUGAAGGGGAGGUGGAGAUUACGCUGGACUCGGGGGAGAUGAGGACUCUGAGAACUGGGGAUAGUCUUUUACAGAGGGGGACUAUGCAUAAGUGGAGGAAUGUUACGCCGGAUGAGGGAUGGGCGAGAUGGGUUUGUUUUAUACAGGCCGCUGCUGGGCCGGUGAAGGUCGGGGAUAGGGUUUUGGAUAAUGAAUGGAUUCAUUAA